AUGUCUGCUUACGCUGGAUUCACAAAAACAAGUUACGGUGCCCAAGGGGGCGAUGACUCUGGUGGUUUUUUCGCUGGAGGUUCACAGCAGGGCAGCCAAGGCGGUGGCGGCAAGUCAUAUCAGGAUGAGUCCUUGCGUCCCGUCACCAUUAAGCAGAUCCUCGAUGCCGAAGAGGCCUACGCCGGCGCCGACUUCAAAAUCGACGGUUCCCCCGUGACUCAAAUCACAUUCGUUGGACAAGUUCGCAACGUCCAGCCCCAACCUACAAAUAUCACCCUCAAGAUCGAUGACGGCACUGGCCAGAUUGAGGUCAAGAAGUGGAUUGAUGUCGACAAGACCGAAGAUAAUGAAUCCAGUUUCGAGCUCGAGUCUUACGUUCGCAUUUGGGGCCGCCUCAAGUCCUUCAACAACAAGCGCCACGUCGGUGCGCAUGUCAUUCGACCCGUUGCCGAAUUCGACGAGGUCAACUACCACAUGCUAGAGGCCACAUACGUUCAUCUGUAUUUCACAAAGGGACCUCUCGGCGGUCAAGGUGGAGGCGCCAAUGGAGAUGAUGGCAUGUUUGUGGAUGGUGGUAACUACAAUGACAAUGCUGGUGGCAACACCAGCCAGUCGCACAGCAAGAUCGCUGGUUGCAGCCCAUUGGCCAAGAAGAUGUUCACUUUUAUGAGCGAGACGCCUGGAGGCAAUGAGGGUGUUCACGUUAACAUCAUUACCAGCUCGACCGGCAUGUCGGUGCGAGAUGCUCUCACAGCCGCUGAUGAACUGCUCGGCCAGGGUCUCAUCUACACAACAGUUGAUGAUGAGACAUGGGCAAUCCUGGAGUACUAG